UCUUUACUCUCUUCUUUCUUUCUUUUCCUCCUCAUUUGUUGUUUCGUUGAAACUUGAAACCUCUUCUCUCUCAAAGUAGUAAUCUAAAUUGGAAGAGUAUAAUAUAUUCUGUACUACCCGUCUAGUCUGCCUAUCGCACAAUUGAGGAAGAAGAAGAAGAAGCCCUUUUAAAGGUUCCCGACUGCAGGCUCCCAGAAUGCCAGCUCAAAGAAAACCCGAGGAAAUUGUCCCAAUACUACUGGCUCGUCUGGAAAAAGCUAAGCAAUUUGUAGUAGGGCGUAUCAGCGAGAACAGUGAGGCAGACCCUCUAGUUUUGAAAUUCAAAGAAAUCGAGAUUGAACUUGGCAGCAUGAAACGUUUGUUCCCCAGGAUAAAACAUUGGGAAGGGAAACUCAUGGAACAGUUCAGAACUUUGGAGCAAGACAUUGAUGAUGAUGUUUUCUUUAAACAGCAUGACGAGGCUAAUGAGAUUCUUAAUAGAUUGGAGCGCAUCAGUGAGAGUGUUGUGUCUGUAAAACAGCUAUUUUCUGCAGUGGAAAGGCAGCUGAUGGAUAGAACACGUACGAUGCCUUCUUCUGGGAUGCAAUUCCCUUCUGAGGAGGCUGUUAGGAAGGAUCAGACAAUGUCUGAAGAGUGGUCGAGACUUGGUGUGGAGGAAAAAAUUUAUGCCAGCGAAGCAAUAUCAAAUUUUCAGAAAAGUUUUGACUGUCGGGAGAGCUAUCAAUUGAAAGCAUGCUCCUUGUGCCUUUCAAUUUUCCCUGAGAAUAGCAUCAUAAAGAAGAGACCCCUUAUUUACUGGUGGAUAGGAGAGGGUAUGGUCACUAAAACCUCAGAAAAGACUGCAGAGGAGGUUGGAGAAGAUGUCUUUAAUGAAUUGAUAAAUGAAAGCUUCAUAAUCCCCAAAUUUGAGAACCUUUCUCCCAAUAUAAACACUUUUAUUGUGCACCCUUGGAUUCGAAGAAUGCUGAUCUCGGUUGCAAAAAGACUUAGCUUUUUUGAAUUUACUUUUGAAUUUACUCCCUCAGGGACGCCUAGCAAUGGUCAUCGUCGCGCAUUCUUAUUGGCGGGUGGUAGUGAUUCAUACAGCACAAUGACCGAGGAUACUAUUAUGGUUUUCAAUGUAAAUGAUCAAUAUCUUGGAUUUAAACCUGACUGGCUCUCGAAGUUGAAUAGGGUUGAGGUUCUUCAGUUGGGCCGGUGGCAAAACUCUGUCAAACAUCAUAUUGAAGUGGAAAAUAAAGAUUUGACAGUUGAGUCGAAGAAGAAAAAGAAGGUGGAAUAUUAAGUCUCUUUGAAUGGUUUGGGAAGUCCGACAUCCCUAAGAUAUCUAAGCCUCAGAGGCGUUUCUAGAUUGACUAACCUACCUCAUUCGGUGCUUAACCUAAUAAGCCUUGAGAUCCUUGAUUUACGCGCAUGUCACAAUCUAGAGAAACUGCCUUCUGAUAUAUCAGCACUGAGGAACCUUACUCAUUUGGAUUUAUCAGAAUGUUACCUGCUCGAAAGCAUGCCAAAGGGUAUUGAAGAGCUCUCUGCUCUUCAAGUACUCAAGGGCUUUGUGAUAGGAAUCGUCAGAAGAAAUCCAUGCAGGGUAAGUGACCUUGCUCAGUUGAAAGGUUUAAGGAAAUUGAGCAUAAGAAUAGGGAAUGAAGCUUUAGCAGAAGGGAAGUUUUCAAACUUGAAGGACUUCAAGGCUCUUCAAAUUCUUGUGAUAUCUUGGGAAAUAGUUUUGUCACAGUCGAGUACAGAAGCUGCUCUGAGGUCAUUCUCAGUCCCACCAAAUCUAAAGAAACUUGAUCUCAGAUGUAUCCCUCUAGUGACCUGGCCUGAAUGGUUAGAGCCUGGCAGAUUGAUAUCUUUGGAAAAACUUUACAUCAGGGGAGGUGAACUCAGCAGCAUAGAGCGCCAUGAUGAAAAAAGUUGGAAAGUUAAAAUUUUACGUUUGAAGUAUCUGAAGAACUUGAAAAUUGACGAGCCAGAAUUACGAUUAAUGUUUCCUGAGAUGGAGUACUUGGAGAAAGUCAAAUGCAACAAGAUUGGUCGAGAUGAAUAUGAUCCAGAUAUCACAUGGAACAAAAAGCAGCAUGAGCAAUUGUAGCAACUACUUGAGUCUCAAACUGCUCCAGUCUCUUCAUGCGCGAAGUGUUUGCCUGGUGUAAUUUGAGGCAAAGUUCGACGCGAUGCCCAUUCAAUGCCGUGAUUGAUCUUGUUCAUGGGUUGCUCCCAGUGUUGACUCAGAUCAGGGGAAAAAAGCUUUUUGUUUUAUGGAUCCAUUUUCUGGGCUUUUCAAUUUUCCUUUUGCAUUAGAAUUUCUCUACUGUUGCAGGCUUCUGGAAGUUAACCAAAUCCGGAAGUGAAUGCAAUUGCAGCUGCCUAAUCUGCUUUUGUAGUUUGGAAUAGGCUAUUUACGAAAAAGUAUGAGGCCUGAUGUAUCUGUAUAUUUGCAUUAUUUACCUGAGACAAUGUGGAAUUUGGCAUUCAUCAAUCAUCUUGAUCAGACUUGCAUCACAAACUU